GUAGCGCAAUAUUAUCCCUAUGGUGGAUACGGUGGUUAUGGCGGAUAUGGAGGAUAUCGGGGAGGAUAUCCUGGCUAUGGUGGAUAUUACAGACGUCCGUGGGGCGGCUACGGUGGGUAUGGUCGACCAUAUGGUUACGGAGGAUACGGUGGAUACCCUGGAUACGGAUAUGGUGGAUAUGGAACAUCAAAUGGCUCAUUUUUGGAUGUCUUAAUCUCAGAACUUCUAGAAAAAAAGAAAUCAUCAACCGUUGAAUGGAAGUAUAACCGCUGA